CCCGCUCUUCAGAUGUACCGCCGCCUUCAUCAAAUCAUGCUCCUUCAGCCGUGGCGACCGAAGCUCAGAGUUGUGUUUUCACACCGGUUGAGUUUGCACCAUGUGAGGUGUCCCCCUCCCUCCCUCCGCCCGUCAUCAUGCAGGCGACUCCUCCCGUCUCCAUAGCAACGCACUACAACUACAAGAGGAAGAUGGCAACUUUGGCCAAGCUGAAGGGGCACCUGGUCGGGCUGGAGCAGGAUUACUUCGGUAGCAACUGGAUUGCCGAAGAAAACCGAAUGAGAGAACAUUGUGCUGCUGUAAAAAUCCAGAGCUGUUUCAGAGGAUUUAAGGUUCGAGCACAUAUCAGAUACUUGCAGAAAAUGGCAAUCAUCAUUCAGAAAACAUGGCGAGCAUUUCAAACCCGGAUGUAUUACAGAUUCAUGGUGCAGAGAGCAUAUUUUAUUAUGAAGAUGAAUUUCUACAAUGAAAUGGCUGUCAGGAUCCAGAAAAGGUGGCGUGGACAUUAUGUUCGAAAGUGUAUCCAUAAUUACUAUGAAAUGAAGAAUUAUUUCAGAGGCCUCAGCAUGAAAAAUCAAAUUGUAAGAAAAGAACUGGAAGAAUAUGAACAGACAAAGAAGAAAGAACAGGAAAAGAAAGCCAUAGAAAAGGAAGAGAGGAGAAAGCGUUACCAAGCCCGAAAGAUGCAUUACCUCCUCAGCACUGAGCAGAUUCGAGGUAUUUACAACUCUCCAUACAGACAGUACCCAAGUGAGAUUGAGUACAGAUUAAAACACAGUCGUCCACUGAGUCACACUAUACUUCACAAAAAGGAUUUCACGGAAGGCCUUGUGGAUCCAUCAAUACCAGGUGUUCCAUGCGUCUUUCCUCCAUUACUACCACCCACACACAGAAAAAAACCACAGGGUCCCUUCCGCGAUACUGUUGAAGUAUGGCAACAGCGCUACAAGCCUUUGGAGCCAUCCGUCCGGGUGGCAACAUCAAUCACAUCAGAGGAGGAGGCCAGGGAGGAGAUGAAAAGAGAAGAAUGGAGAAAUCGUAUACAUGACAUUAGAUUUCUGCCAUUUAGCCAUCCAACCAUAUUUAAAACCUAUGAGCCACUCCUAAAUACUAGCACCAGAUAUGGACCAAUUGCUUAUGGAACUAAGCAUUUCAGAGCAACAGAAGAUACACCAACCAUGAAUAAGGCGUUCAAAUCUGUUUUUACAUCCAUUCAUCUUUUUGAGAAGUUUCAAAAAACAUAUUCCAAAGCUGGAGAAGUGUUCUGAGAAACAUGAGGAAGCACAUCCUGCCACGAUGUGUCGAACAAGUCAGCUGCUUCUUUCCUUCAUGUGUACAAUAAAAAAAUCCCAUUGGAGUAAUGAGAAAAUGGUAACCUCCCACUUAUUGAUUACAUAUAAUGUAUAUUGCAGAAAAAGUACUAACCUAUUAAAAAAUAAACUGGCAAUGUCUCUGUGAUUGAAAUAC